CCUGGGGAUGCUCCACGCAGCUGGAACGUGAGAGUGGCCGGGCAGGGGAAAGUGGGCUGCUGUUUCUGGAGAAGGGUUAAUUAGGCUGAGCAAGCUCCACCGGGGCGACGCUUUUUUGCCUCCGCCGUCAUCGCGGACUCACUCGGUCGGGGAGCUCCAGGGCAGCAGCCGGCAGGCCGCCUUGUUCCUUGGGCGUGAUGGCGCCGCCCUGCCUGGGCUACCCCGCAGGGGCGCAGGGGAGCGCAUUUCCCGGGAGUGCCUCCCGUGGUGACGCCCGGCACACAGCGACAGAGGCUGGCCGCCCAGGCUUCUGGAAGAGCCAGCGACCGAGACCUUCUCCCCAAGGGGAUAUGUAAACACACAGAACUCCUCCUUGGUUUCUAGCCGAGCGAGCAAUAUGCCUGAACAAAGUAAUGAUUACCGAGUGGUCGUGUUUGGAGCUGCAGGGGUUGGCAAGAGUUCUCUGGUUCUCCGCUUUGUGAGGGGAACCUUCCGGGAGACGUACAUUCCCACCGUCGAGGACACGUACCGCCAGGUGAUCAGCUGCGACAAGAGCAUCUGCACCCUUCAGAUCACAGAUACCACCGGGAGCCACCAGUUCCCAGCCAUGCAGAGACUGUCCAUCUCCAAAGGCCACGCCUUCAUGUUGGUUUACUCUGUGACCAGCCGGCAGUCCAUCGAAGAGCUUCAGCCCAUCUACGAGCAGAUCUGCCAGAUCAAAGGAGACAUCCAGAAGGUCCCGAUCAUGUUGGUGGGGAACAAGAGCGACGACUCGCAGAGGGAAGUGCAGGCCAGCGAAGGGGAGGUCCUGGCCACCAAGUGGAAAUGCUCCUUCAUGGAGACGUCGGCCAAAAUGAACUACAACGUGCAGGAGCUUUUCCAAGAGCUCUUGAAUUUGGAGAAGAGGAGAAGCGUCAGCCUCCAGGUGGAUGGUAAGAAAUCCAAGCAGCAGCGCAAGAAGGAUAAACUGAAAGGCAAAUGCUCAGUCAUGUGAGAUGCCUGGGUUCUGUGCCGCCUUUGUGGUUGAAGCAGGACUUCUUCUUGCAUUGAAAACUGUCUCGCCUGUCCUGGGGUGUGCCUGGAGUAGCGAUUUCCUGAGGAGCUGACCCAGGAUGUUUUUGCUUUAUAGUCUAAAUUCCGUUUAGGCUGUUUGAAUAUUCACUUGAUGGAAGUUGGUUUGCAUGUUUUGUUCUGCACUAGCAGGCUUUUCCAAAACAGCCACCGUUGCUCUCCAUGCCCCACUGCCCCUGCAGCAACCAGUAUUAGCCAUUCAUGUCACAGGACAAGCCGCUAGGGCCACGAGCGUUGAGGAAAAGCAACACAGGUUACUCUUGUCCUGCAUUUUACCACUGCUUCUGAAACCAUCUCCAAGUUAUCAUAGCCGCUUCCCUCCUGCCCUUAUACAAAUGCUCAAGGAACUAAGCAAUUCUCACUAGGGGUCCGGUCAGUAAGCCAGAAACAAACAAAAAUAGUACUGUGUCUGAUGUUUUGUAUAUACUUCAAGGGGACCUUUUCAGAUGGAUGCAUCACCAGGGUAAAAUAAAAUGCUGGUUGCAGUAAAUGAUGACUUUUGAUCAUUUACUGUAGUUCUUUGACUCUGUGCACUUGUAGAGAAGGAGAAGGUGCAUUCCUCACCAAAGAAGUGCUUGUUGUUUCCUAUUAUGUGUUAAAACUUCAUUUGUGGUGUUUGUAUAUUGGCGAGGAUUUUAUGUGAACGAUUAAAGUGAUUUGAGUA